AUGUCUAAGACAGAGGUCCCACCCCCUUACCCAACAGCAGCCACUCCCAGCGUCCAGCACGUCACACCACUCGGAUCCCUCUCCAGCACGCCAGCAAAGGUCGAUUGCCCUGUCUGCCAAGCACCAACAACAACAAAGAUAUCCAAAGAGGUUGGAGAGAGAGCCUACAUCUGGGGCGCUGUCUUGUGUGUCCUGACUGGAUGCCUGUGCUGGAUUCCAUGUGUCAUGGACGAUUGCAAGGAUACGCAUCAUACUUGUAGUCACUGUGGGCGUCCACUAGCCACUGUUGCUGCGAAUGGAGGUGUCAAGAUUUCGCCCAGCGCUGCUGCCGUGCCCUCGCAGUACGAAAGGCGAAACGAGACCAUGACAGCCGCACCAUGA